UUUAUCAGUAAAAUAUUUCAGUUCGUAAUCAUUUUAAUUACGCUUAUUAAAAAACUAAGCGAACUGGAUCAUAUUUUUUCGGUAAUUUCGUAAAUAUUUCGAUGUGCAUAGUACUUAGUAUCUGAUUCAAAUAAAAGCUCGCUGAACAACAUUGUAAAAAUGUAGUCUAUCGGUGCGAGCAAGUUCUCUCAAUUCAUCAACGAAAUUGAGACUUCGAUCUCAAUUCGACAAAAGGAAUAUUAACUGAAGCGUUAUUAUCGGAAUGAGUAAUUUCCUCACUAAAAAUGGAAUCGAAGAAAGAUAUAUAUUCUUUUUGGAUUCAUUACACCACCAAGAAUGAGGAAGUAUAUUUUAGAAAAUUUAUUUCCGGUCUUGUUUCCAUAUGGGAGAAACAAUUGAAUUUGAAUUGGUCCGGCGAUGAAACGUUACCAGUUCCUGAUUCCAUCAAACCCGAUCAAGGCCCUCAUCUCUCUAGGCUACCUGAAGAACUAUUACCAGCAAUUGGAAAAUUUUUGUAUAUCACCAAGGAUAAGACAGAAAAAGAAGACCUAACAUCGGAAGAAUUGAAAGAAGCUGGCUUAUUGGUCAGGACUCUGAUAUUGAUCAGUCGAAAUUUUGGUAAUGUUUCAUCGGUAGCAUCUAGCGAUUAUGUGCAUCUGAUUAUUAGUAUUGCGUCUAAUAUAAUGUCGAAGAUCGCGAAAGAGGAUAUGAAAGAAACAAACGAUGGGAUUGAAUUCUGUAUUCAGUGUUGUCAUUUGCUCGAAUGUCUUUAUGAUCCUUAUUUCAUGUGGCGUUAUUUCAAAAGGACAAGUACUUUAACAUCAAACACCCAGUUAUACAAAUCUUCAUCUGCAGCUUUCCUUCAUAUAGAAGUCGUACCGUUUAUAUUUGAAUAUUUCGAACAAAAGAUUAGCAAAAGUAUUCCGGUACUUUCAUUUGAAUUGCUCAAUGUUCUUGGUGCCGUCGUAUCUGGAUCGCAGGAUAUUAUUAUAACAGAUGAAAAUAAUUUAGAGAUUAUGUGUAACGCGUUGACGGGUGUAUGUCCUGCUACGGCCAGUCUUUUGGUGACAAUCAUUUCAGAUUAUAGUGCUGCGACAAGUGUUCAAAUAAUUGCGAUCAAGUGUUUCAUCAUCAUGAUGCAUACUCUUCUAUCUAUCGAACCGCAUCAGAGACAAAUCGAGAUCAGUACGCUUUUGGAGCAAUAUCGUGGAUGUAUCUCGAAUGUUGUGAAAAAUGUUAAUAAUGAACUAGACGAAGAGAAGCGAAUCUGCCUACUUUGUGUGAUGAUCGAAAUGCUAUCCACUUUGAUCGAUUUAUCGGAUGGAGACGGCGGAAAAUUAGUUCGUUGCAUCAUGGUUCAAAAUUUCGUAUUAGAAAGCGUUCUCGAUGCUCUAGAAAAAGUUGAGGUUGACAACAAAUUGACUAUAUCUUGCAUUAAGACGUUGGCAAAUAUCAUCAAGGAUGAAAGUUUUUCCAAGGAACGUAUGAUUAAAAUAAACGGAUACAGUCGAAUUUUUAGGAAAAUCAAAUUGAUCGAAAAUUUAGAUUGUAGUUUGCUAACGGUAUUGGUAGAAAUGGCCAUCGAAGAGAAAUAUGAAGUCAGCCAAUUUUACGAACUAAAGAAUUCAAAGUUGAUCGUUCCCCUAUUACAAUUACUUCCAUCUCUAGAAGCACGAAAUCAAGAAUGGUUGACUUCUGUUAUUUUUUCAAUUUGCUCUUGCAAUCUGCAAUGUAAAUGGAAAGCGAUUACUUGUGGUUCAAUUAAGGUUGCUUGCGAAGUUCUGCAGAAAUACAAUACAUUAACUUCAAGCUCCAUAAGCCUUUUAAUCAAUUUAAUUGAGAAUUUAGCUUCGAUUUCAAUUAGCACCCUAGAGCUUAAAAAUAUUUUUAAUUUGUUUCUAGUCAAUGAUAAUAAAUUGUGUCCAUAUUAUUUAGCAAUAUUACAAAUGAUUUCAAAUAUUACCAGAACAAAUAGUUUCAUCAACUGUAGGAGUUAUUUUGACGUGCAAUGUAUUUCCGACGGUAUUAAUAUUCCUGAAAUUAAAAAAUGGCCCGGUUCAAUAUUCGGAUUCUCGUUUCAUUGUUGGUUUUCCUUAAAUAAGAUAAAUAGCGGAGAAGAACCGGCGGUUGUCUGUGGAACGUCGUCUUUUCGCCGUCAAUUAUUCACUUUACUGUCCGCUAACAAGCAGGGAAUUGAAAUUCAUGUGAAUGCGGAGAAUAUUUUAAUUAUAAUCAUAAACACCAAAAAGGAAUUCAUUGCGAUUUCUCUAUUCGAUUUUACCUUCGAAGAAAAUAGGUGGUAUUGUUUGGACGUUACUUAUGUACCAGCGAAGAGACCGUUUGCUCAAAAUCAAAUAGUUAUUUUUAUCGAUGGAAUUCAACAAUUAGUUGCCACUGCCAAAUUUGCUCACAUUACCGAAGCUUUUACUUGGUGCCGAAUUGCAGCUCCAAUAGAUGACGCGUCUUUGGAAAGCGAUCUUUCGAAUAGUUCAGAUCAGGGUGGUCACGAUCACGAACGUAGUAUUAUACCGUCCUUCAUUACACAAGUUCCAAAUUAUAUCACAUUCCCUCUGCGAUCAUCUUCUACAAUAAAUCCAUACGUAAAGAGUUUUCCGGUCGGUAUGCAGAGUACGAUUUUUGGACCUGCGGUGGCUCUGUGUGGUCAAAUCGGUAGUGUUUGUCUGUUUCAAGAGCCGUUGACAGCUCAACAGAUCAAAUUACUUUACGAAGCUGGGAUUAACAGCGAUGUACUGUUUAAUAUCGAAGAAAACGUCGAAUUUGUUAAUUUUCAUUCCAAAUUAGUGUUUUCAUUUUCUUCUUCUGCCUGCGCAUUCGACCAUGCUGUGGAUCUAUGUUCCAAGCAUAAACUAGAUGGCAGAACAACAGCCACUAUAUGUGUGAUUCAUUCGUUGAAAGAAAGUGUAAAUAGUAUUGGAGGAGUAAACGUUUUUCUUCCAUUUUUCGAAACAGACAACUAUACGAUAAUCGAUAACUCUGCUGGACAAUCUGUUUCACUAGAAGACUUCAGCGAUAUGUCUGAUUUUGCUAUUUCUAAUUUUAGAAAUGUUUCAGAGGUGCAAUUGGAAGAUAAUCCUGUAGCUGUGGUUGUGAUUAUUAUCAAAAAUUUACUAAAAGAUCUCGUCAAUCAAGAAUAUUUUCUCAAAAGACACGGGUUCGCUAUGCUGGGAAAAUUAUUAGCCGAAGUGUCCGUGAAUUUAAUGGAUGUUCCUGUGCUGGUGUCUGUUUGUAUGUUGUCGGAGGCUGUGAGCCAUUGUAAAAAUAUGCUACUGCAACGGACGUACUAUCAAAAUGUUCUGUUUAAUUUUGAUAUUUGGUCAAAAUGUGACUUGGAAGUACAACAUGGACAUGUGCAAUAUUUAUAUUCUUUCAUUAAAAAGGAUAAAAAGUUUUUCAAAAAACGGUUCGGUGUGCAAUUUUUCUUAGACGUAAUUCGAAUGCAUCUAUCUAAUAUCGAUACGAUGAAUUUCGACGCUGCCAAAGCUGUUCGUGUCACCAUUUUCGGUAUUAUCAAUUUUUACAUUCAAAAAGAAAUCAAUGUGCAGGAAUUACAUGCCAUAGUCGGUUACAUUGUGGCUUGUGGCAAUGACGUACAGAUAAUUGAAGCGCUAGAAAUGUUGAUCAACCACUUGACUAACAAAAUGUGCACCGAUCAGCUCUACUUGUUGCUGUACGAGCAGCAUUGCGCUGAUUUAUUUUAUUCUUUUUUGGUAGAAUCGUGUUAUGGAGAAAAUUUGAAAAAGACUGUGUUGAGGCUCUUUUCUGUUCUCUUACGUACCGACCGAGUUUAUGAACGGAGUAAACUGAGAUUGCAGUUGCAAGAUUAUACACCGAUGGGAUUAUACCCUGGAUUGGUGGCUUCGUUUCCUGCGGACGAAAAUAUAUCUAUGGAAACAGCAUUACUGCUCUUGGAUCAAAUUUUGAUGUCAGAAACUAGCGGCGGUUUUACUGGAGCUUUAGUUCUACUUUGUCGUCUAUCAUCAGCUAGCUUGGAUGUCAAGUUGGAAGCAGCUAGAAAAAUAUUAGCUGUUGUAUUUAUGAAACCCAGUGCUCCUGUUAUGUUUGCUAAACAGAUCGGAUGGCAAGAUUCCAUAACUCGGUUACUCAUUCAUCAUCCCAUAAAACAGAAUCCCACUAAUCCAUCUGAAACGACGGAAUCAGAAAAACUUUCUGUUUCAAAGGAUAAGAAACCCAGUGAUAAGAAUUACCCUUCGAUAAUAAAAGAUGUGACGUCUUUCUUAGUCGACGAAAUAAAAAAUUCACCUCUAGACGGCACCGAAAGUGUAAGUUCGUUGGUAUCCGAUAAUAUCCAGUUUGCGGCUUCAAACAUCAGUUCAGCAGCCGAAAAUGUGUCUUCAAUGGUAGCAGAAAAUAUACACUUUGCUGCCAGCAAUUUAACCUCGGCAGCAGAAAAUGUAUCUUUGUUGGUCACCGAAAAUAUUCAAUUCGCUGCGGAUAGUUUGACGUCUGUGGCAGAAAAUGUUACGUCGGCGGUCACCGGCAACAUUAAUUUCGCAGCUGAAAAUAUUUCUUCGGUUGUAGGCUCAGCGUAUUCGUUGAUAACGCAGAAAACGCCAUCUUUUGAGAGGAAUGAAAAUUCGCAUGUAAACGAAUCAAAAGCACCCGUUCAGAAUGAAGAUUUUACACUUAUUAAUUUCGAUGAUUUGAGCCUCAGUCAUCGCUCAUUUUCUAAUGGAAGUAUCGAUGAGAUUAGCGGCAGUAACCGUUCUCAUAGCAGUCACAGCAAAUACAGCCCAUCCCAUAGCACGUCCAAGGAUUCAAUUAGUGUAACGUCAAUGCAAAGUGGAUCAAACGAUUCCGAUUUAUUUGACGAUAACGAAGAAGAAAGAGUCAUUUUUGACAUGUUGGAACAAUGGAGAAAUUUAGAAAGUGAAAAAGAAGAGGAUAAAGAGCAAGAAUUAUGCAACGCAAUUAUAAAUAUAUUAUUUACCAUCAUGUGGAAAGGUUACGAUGCGCAUCAGAAAUUAGUCUGGAAGGAACGAGGACAAGUUAUGGCAUGCAUCAAUAUGAUCGGUUUAAAUAACGCGUUAUACUGUUCGCAUUUGGAAUUGAAAUUAAGAUUGCUCGAAUUAAUGUUACAAGCAGCCAUGGUCGACUUGAUCGAUAACGCUCAUGUCAUCGAGUUAUCCACUAGAACCGAAAACGCUAAUCAAUUAUUACGUUGGGUGUACGAUUUAUUCGUCGCUGAUCCCAGUCGCAACGAUUCGAAAAAUAUCUCCAUUAAAUUACUAGAUGGAGUGAUUGGUCUUCUCGACGUUCUUUUAAUUUUCCGAGAAAAUCCUAUCGAAGAGACGCCGGAGCUAGUGAAAGCUUCGUUUGCCAUUUUACUGAAGAGUGCAGCUAAUAAAAAUACUGAAUUGUGUGCCAUAGCAACUGCCAAAUUGCAUACAAUCAUUCAAACUCGUAAAAUUUCGGUUAUCGAAGAAGAAUGCUAUAUUCUUUACCUUUUGAACGAAAUUAUCGUUAAGGAUGUUCAAGAAGCAAAUAUGGAACAUUAUUCGUUCAUGGCACCGGUGAUAAAAACCCUGCUCGGAAAAGUGUCAGAUUUAUUGCCUGUAAAUGAAUUUUUAUCGGAUUUGAAUUUUACUAAUCCCGGAUCUGGAUUUUUCGAAAAAUUUCAGAAGUUUUGCGUGGAGAAGAAAUGGAGUGAAUUUUUAGAAAAAGAGGUCAAAAUGCAUUACGACAAAUACAAAAAUUCAUUAGCCACAGAUUUGACCGAAGUGAUGAAUGUGUUUUGGGCCGAAUGCUACGAAGCGUAUAAAAUCAAUUCGCAUAAGAAAAAUAAAAUGGUCUGCGAAAGCAAAGAACGAUUUGAGGAUGUCAUUUAUAAGCCAUAUCUGGCUCGGAAGGAAGAAGAUAAUAUUAGAUUUAGCAACGUACUGAAUCAGUACCGCAAUCAUCGAAUUUUAUUACGGAAGAAAUGGAAAGUACAAAAAAAUUACCUAAUCGGACCUCGGCGUGCUUGGAAAGACAGCCCUAAAGAAGCUCAUUGGAGAUUAUCCCAUCAUGAAAACUUUUCGAGAAUGCGGCUAAAAUUGAUACCAAAUCUACACUUCGACUCGCAUAAAGAUGCUAGUAAUCUUCGUGAUAACACAGGAUGGUCCAAGUUGAGAAUAUCCGAAGAGAUCGCUUUACCUUUGAAUAUUUCCCAGGCUGCUUUACGCCAUGAAUCAGAUUCGGGUGUCGAGCAAUCGUCUGAAGCUGAAUUAAUUAAUAAUCAGUUGGAAGAAAGCGAACUGGACAAUAAAUCAGACGUUACUCAAGGUACCGAGAAAUUGCUCAUAACGUGUGAUAGUGAAUUGGUCACUUUGAUGAGCGUCAUCAAAGGAAAAAUCGAAAUAACAACGAAUAAUUUUUACUUUUACGAUUUAUCUCAAAUUAAAGAAGAUGGCGAUAGGCAUGAUUUCAAAUGGUCGAUUUAUAAACUGAGAGAAAUAUAUCUACGCAGAUAUAAUUUAAGAAAAACGGCUUUGGAAUUUUUCUUAACCGAUCAGACCAAUUAUUUUUUGAAUUUUAAUAAAGAAGUGAGAAACAACGUGUUCAACACAUUGAUGAGAUUACGACCUCCAAAUUUACUAUAUCAUAGUUAUAAGUCUCCGUCGGAUUUAUUACGAUCGUCGGGAUUGACGCAAAAAUGGGUGAAUCGAGAAAUUACGAAUUUUGAUUAUUUGAUGCAGUUGAAUACGAUUGCUGGUCGUACGUACAAUGACCUAUCCCAGUACCCAGUAUUUCCAUGGAUUUUGGCUGACUACGAAUCGGAUGAACUGGAUUUAUCUAAUCCAGCCGUGUUUCGAGAUUUAUCCCGACCUAUCGGAGUUGUUAAUCCAUUAAACGAAGCCGAAGUUAGGAGCAAAUAUAAUACGUUCGAAGAUCCCUGCGGAGUCAUAGCUAAAUUUCAUUACGGUACACAUUAUUCUAAUUCUGCUGGAGUUCUUCAUUAUUUAGUUCGUGUAGAGCCAUUUACAACUUUGCAUAUAGAUUUACAAAGUGGAAGAUUCGAUGUAGCUGAUCGACAAUUUCAUUCGAUACCUCAAACGUGGAAAUUAUUGAUGGAGAAUCCUAACGACGUAAAAGAAUUGAUACCGGAAUUUUUCUAUUUUCCUGAAUUCUUGAAAAAUAUUAAUAAAUUCGAUUUAGGUGUUUUGCAAGGUACCAAAGAAAAAGUUGACGACGUUAUUUUACCGAAAUGGGCUUCUAGUCCGGAAGAUUUUAUUUAUAAGCAUCGUAAAGCUUUGGAAUCUGAAUACGUUUCUAGCCAUUUACACGAGUGGAUUGAUCUCAUAUUUGGAUACAAACAACGUGGUCCUCACGCCAUUAAAGCAUUAAAUGUUUUCUACUACUGCAGUUACGAAGGAGCUGUGGAUUUGGAUGCAAUCGAAGAUCCCACCGAAAGGGAAGCUGUCGAAGGCAUGAUAAACAAUUUUGGUCAAACACCUAGUCAACUACUUAAAGAAUCACACCCUCAAAGGCUCUCUUUAAACGACGCUCUAUUAAAGAUGUUAAAAACUGAUUUCAAAAAACCAGAUCUUACGUUAUUUUUCGAUCAACUGACUCAUUUCCAAAUUGAUAUGGCUUCUGAUCGAGACCCGAUUAUAUUCCUAAAUUCGCCCCGAUCCACUACUAGAGGAUUCCUAAUGUCGUCCAUUCCUGAUGCAUUGAUCACCGUGUCGAGGAACGGAUACAUAGGAAUGCAUUCGUGGACCCCUCAUGAUCGAUAUUCUGCCAAAGGGUUUUCGGUCGUAGUCGACGAUUCAGUAAACAACACCAAGUGGCGAAGAGAUUUGUCCGGUAGCUUUCAUCCGUCCAUUAAAUUGCAUAACAAAUUAUUCGUCGUGUCGCACGAUUCCAAAUUAUUGUUCAGUGCUGGACAUUGGGACUGUAGUAUAAAAAUCUACAGUUUCACUAAGAAUAAAUUCACACAUUCGUUGCUACGACAUACUGAUUUGGUAACGUGCCUUGCCAUCGAUUCUUGUGGUUGGUAUUUAAUCAGUGGCUCAAAAGAUUGCACCGCAGUUGUAUGGGACAUCAAUACGAUUCAUCUAUCAAUACCAAAACCCUAUCAGUUAUUACAUGGUCACGAUGAACCAAUAACUUGCGUUGCCAUUUCAACCGAAUUAGAUAUGGCCGUUUCUGGAUCUCAAGAUGGCACAGUGAAUGUGUAUACUGUACACGAAGGACAUCUAGUCCACACACUAUCCCCUGAAGGCUGUGUUUCACCCAUUGCUGAUGUAACUUUUGUUACAAUAUCCGUCCAAGGACAGAUUGCCUUUUCGGUCACUGAUAAGGUAAAUCAUUCAAUCCACGUGUACAGUAUUAACGGUGAAAAUCUUGGCUCGAAGUAUAUCUUGGGUCAAGUUACCAGUCUUACUACGGUUAAUGAUUGCGUUGUAGUUACUGAUGACGCUGGUGAUCUUACAAUCAGUCGAUUAUUAGGGUUACAUCCAAUGUUCAAUAUACCUCUUCACAUUCCAAUACAAACGGCCGUAGCAACCAGUGGCAAUACCCAUCUUUUGGUGCCUCUCAGAGACGGUCAUUUAGUUGUUAUAGGAUUACCAAAUAAUUAACAGUAUUCGAUGACGUAAUCGAUAUUUUAUCUGAUGUUGUUAUUUUAUUACCUAAGAAUGUUUAUUAUUACUUUUUUUUCCUUUUUUUAAUGUGAAUUUUAAUAUUAUACUCUAAUGUUUUAAAACAAUUUUUUUGAAAAUUUAUAAAAUUACCUAAACGAAGCGAAUAGAAUAAACGUAUGGAUCGAUCAUGUAACUGAACGAUUCCAUUUUUCAUUUUAUCAUCGAACUGAUUUUAAUAUUAUCCUAAUUAAUGUUUCAGUAUUAAAAUAUUGUCGACUUGUUUUCAUCCAAAUAACGAAUUAUUAUUGUCA